AUGCCCCGCGAAAACAACCCAACUACACGCAUCACCUCCAACUCCACCUCUACCUCAUCCCACAAAACCCCCAGCAGGGAAACAACACAAAGCACCAAGAAAUCCAGUAGCGGGAGCGGGAGCGGGAGCGGGAGCGGCAGCACCAGUACACGCCUCCCCAGAAUCCGUCUCAUAAAAGAUCCAACAUCUAGCAGUAAUUCAUCAAGCUCAAGCUCAAGCUCACAUUCAAAACCAGACCGUAAAUCCGAAUCACGAGUCCCCAAUUCAAAAGGCUUAUUGGUGCCAGCCCGCGAACCCGCUUCGAAGGAAAAGGAUAAGGAUACGGGAAAUGCGGGGAGUGAGAGGGGUGGUGUGAGCUCGAGGUCUAAGCGCCGACAAGCUCAAUACCCCGUCCACACUCUACCCAGCUAUACUCUAGCCAUCCAAACUCUACCUAUCAAAACCACAAUCGAUAUUACCAGUCUCACCAAACGGCUCAAUCUCAAAUUCCUAGCUAACUUCAACAAAGCACUGAGAGAAAUUGAGAUCGAUGCGCUUUUUACUCUUUAUGCGGGAUUUAUAGAGGGAAUCUUAGAAGGAGAUGUGCUGUGCACUUAUGAUAUAUGA